UUUGUUUCCUAUCGGUAUGGAAAACAGUAACACUGUCUCAGAGACAAAGACAUGCCAAACUGAUAAACUAAAUAGACUAGACAACAGAACAGUUUAUCCGACAAAUGAUUCUCCUUUAACACAUUGUUAAAAGUAGGAAAUGCGUGGUAAUAAAGGAACAUAAUCGCAACCCCCUCUUCCCUCCCCCCUCCAAUAUAUAAAUAAAUAAUAAAAAAUAAUAAUAUAAAAAUAUAAUAAAAAUAAAUAAAUGUACAACACCCCAAAACACUCAAUACAAUUAAGUGAAUCAAAACUACAAAAAGAAGAAGAACAACAAAACAUUACAAAACUCCAAAUUCCCCAACAACGAGAAACUCCUAACAUCGAUGAUAUUGUCUUCGUCUCAACAGUAUAGUUACAGGCAGGUGUAGUGAAGGCACUGUCAAGAGUUUGAAAGCGCACGUUCUGCGCGUGCAAUAGCUCCAACACAAAUGGACAUCAGCGUUGUUAGGUGGAGGAUGGUAGACACAGGACGCCACUGCGUUAUUUGUGCAGGAAACAGGCACUGUUAGCUUAUGACGCUGACCGAAGUACAUUGCCGACAUAUCGGAAACGGGAUAUGACGCUCCAUACUUCGCUGUAAAAUGUGGGAGAUGUGUUCGACAAUGACUCAAUGACUGUUUGUGUGCGAGGAUUUCUUCUACAAGACUUGUGGACCUCCUUCUAAACAGAUUCGGAUUUCAACUUGAAAGAAGCACCAGUGGUGUACAGAGGGAGUCAGCAGAACUGAUUGUCUUCACAGCCUGAGUGACUACAGCCGAGUAUACACAACAUCUCAAGAUGGCGGAGGGAGGCUGUGCAACAUGCUCCAGAUAUAUGCUCAUUAUCUUCAACUUCAUCUUCUGGAUCUCUGGAGGUGCUAUCCUUGGAACAGGAAUAUUUGUGUUGGUGUCAGAUGAAGUGGAUAAGUUCCUCAAAUCCAUUGAUAUCGGUCUGCCCGUAGGAUUCCUGUACACGGCAGCCUAUAUUAUGAUAGCCGUGGGAGCGUUUGUGUUCUUCGUGGGAUUCUGUGGCUGCUGUGGUGCUGUGCGGGAAAGCGCAUUCAUGUUGGGAAUUUACAUCUUCUGUAUGGCGGUAGUGAUGUGUGGUGAGCUGGGAGCAGGCAUCUACGUGGCGGUUGAGAAGGGAUAUUUGGAAAGUGAAGGUCAUGGGGUGCUGAUAGACACAGUGAAGAACUACACAGGGGCAGGCAACUCUACCAUUGACUUCCUACAAAUUGAGUUCAACUGCUGCGGAGCUGACAACUACACAGACUAUAGGAACAGCGAGUGGGUGUUGAAUCAGAUGCCACCAAAGCGGUAUGUGCCGGACACAUGCUGCCGUGGAAAGGGGAAGGAUGUCAAGUCUCACAGGCCAGCUAACGCGACUAUUUGUCGGGAAGAGGCGGAGCCUGGCAGCCCCAUCCAACCAGAGGACAGGACACAGCUGCAGCAGAGGGGCUGUUUUCCAGCUAUCCGUGAUUGGAUUGGCGGUCAAAGCAUCAUUCUCAUAUGUGUUGGAAUUGGAAUCGCAUUGAUACAGGUCCUGGGAAUAAUAUUUGCAGUGUGUUUGUGUCGGAACCGAUCAGAGUACUAUGAAUAGCAAAACUAGAAAACGACACUAAAACCACAUGAAAUUCCAGGAUGAUCUGUAGAAUUACACCGUUCCAAACAUUAGACUAGGACUGACAACAUGACCAGACUUCUGGCACAACCUGUGUAGGAGUCACUAGAAUGUGGCUCCCACUCCCACACCCCACCCCACAACACUGUAGCCCCACCCCCGCAACACUGUCGACCCAUCCCCGGAACACUGUCUCCCCAUCCCUGAACACUGUCGCCCCAUCCCCGCAACACUGAGGCUCCAGCCACAGAACACUGUAGCUCCAGCCCCUGAAAACUGUCGCACCGCCCCCGGAACACUGUAGCUCCACCCCCGGAACACUGUAGCUCCACCCACAGAACACUGUAGCUCCACCCCCGGAACACUGUAGCCCCAUCCCGGAACACUAUUGCCCCACCCCCAGAACACUGUCUCUCCAUCCCAGAACACUGUCGCCCACCCCUGAAACACUGUAGGUAGCCCACCCCCGGAACACUGUAGCCCCAUCCCUGAACACUGUAGCCCCACCCCCGGAACACUGUAGCUCCAUCCCCGGAACACUGUACCCCAUCCUAGAACACUGUUGCCCACCCCUGAAACACUGUAGGUAGCCCACCCCCGGAACACUGUCGCCCCAUCCCGGAACACUGUUGCCCACCCCUGAAACACUGUAGGUAGCCCACCCCCGGAACACUAUCGCCCCAUCCCGGAACACUGUUGUACAUGCAGGGGACACAGACAUCACAGAUUCCUUCAGCUCAUCAGAGGUUUCAAACAUAAACUGUUUUAAAAUGUUGUUUUGUUAUUGGAUGCAUGCAUGAACAUAAACUGGAACAAAAUAGAGGAUGUCAAACAAUUCUUGUCAAAUAAGUGACCGGCCCUUUUCUACACGUGGGUGGUCAGAGGGUUUUGAUGCGGUAAUGUACUGAAAAUAAUGACCCUCCCAUAAUGCUUGUUAUAGUUUUGUUUCCCCUUCCCGUGUCCUUGUACAUUCUCUUUGCGACCCACCCUGAAAAGACAAAAUACAAAAGUGCUUUAUCUUUUAUAAAAAAAAUGACCAUUUCUUCUUGAUCCUCCACAAAAAUGUGUCUUAUUUUUAAUGACCCUCCCCUAGAGACUGUCAUAUUUCUGGUGACCCUCCCUGAUCCACUUUGACCACCCACUCUGUUAUAAAUGAUCUGUUCCUGGUCUCAACAACUUACCUUGCAAUAUAGAAACCUAGGCAAUAUAGAAACCUUGGCAGUGGUUGACAUAGCAUCAUGUCGAAUACUGCCAGGAUGUCUAUUUAUGGGAAGGCAGAGGUAUUGCAAUAGUCAGUCUUACAGUCUCUGAACCAUAUCAUUUUCCCUUCCACAGCCCUUACGUUAAUGCUGUAAUUCUAACUGAAGCAAGUCUAGAUUUUCCACAGGUUCAGCUCUAUAUCUCCCAUCUCACUGGAGCUCCUUUUCAGUUUAAGUCAAGUUGUUUUGUUCUUUCAACAUUAUAUCUAUAUGUUCUGAGACGAAGUGUUAGUCCAGUAUUGCAAUAGUUUCUUGAUACUAACUGACGAUAUAUAUUGCAAUAGUCAUAAUAUCUCCAUUAGUCAGCCCUACUAGUCACACUGUACAUAUUGGUGGUGUUGAGUUUGCUUUUUAUGAUGGUUUUUCCCAUGUUAAUUUUAUUCAUGCUAACUUAAAAAGUUAAUUGAAUACUAUUUUCCACAUUUAUGUCAGAUUUUAAUUUUUUUGUUAUUUUGUGAUUGUAAAUAAUUUUGAAAAAUGAUUUUGAGUUCUAUCCUUCAUAAUUGAUUAUAUCGACUAUGGAGAAGGAUUAAAAUAUAACUUUGUUUUAAUGGUUUAAUCCCAGUUGAAGAUUAGAUCUCUAUUGAUGUGUUAUUGUUUUGUGAAUGUGGAAUGGAUGAUAUCCACUUGAUACUAAAAACUGAUAAUUCAUUUCUCAUGCAGACUAGGAUAUAUUGUCAUGUAUAAACUGAAAAAUGUUUUUGAGCUUAGACUUACCGUAUUUGACGUAAUAAGCGCCACGGCGAUAUUUACUAAUGUAUUGGCUAGUGAACAAUCCCAUCAGCACCCCUUCCAAUUGAUCAAUGUACACAAG